GGUUCCGGAAACUGGCCGGGGCGGGGCAAGGAGGCUAGGGCCGCGCUGGUCGCGGAGGUUGCGGCGGCACGGAGGUCUUGGGCUUGGUCCGUCAGUUCGUCCGUUGGUCUGUCCCGCCAUGGCUGCGCCGGCGCCCUCUCCGUGGACCCUAUUGCUGCUGCUGUUGCUGCUGCUGCCGCCUCCGGGUGCCCAUGGUGAGCUGUGCAGGCCCUUUGGUGAAGACAAUUCCAUCCCAGUGUUCUGUCCUGAUUUCUGUUGUGGUUCCUGUUCCAACCAAUACUGCUGCUCGGACGUGCUGAGGAAAAUCCAGUGGAAUGAGGAAAUGUGUCCUGAGCCAGAGUCCAGAUUUUCCACCCCCCUGGAGGAGACACCGGAACAUUUGGGUUCAGCGCUGAGGUUUCGAUCCAGUUUUGACAGUGACCCUAUGUCAGGGUUCGGAGCGACCGUCGCCAUUGGCGUGACCAUCUUUGUGGUGUUUAUUGCCACCAUCAUCAUCUGCUUCACCUGCUCCUGCUGCUGUCUGUAUAAGAUGUGCUGCCGCCCACGCCCUGUCGUGACCAACACCACAACUACUACCGUGGUUCACGCCCCUUACCCUCAGCCUCAACCUGUGGCCCCCAGCUAUCCUGGACCAACAUACCAGGGCUACCAUCCCAUGCCCCCCCAGCCAGGAAUGCCAGUAGCACCCUACCCGACACAGUACCCACCACCCUACCUGGCCCAGCCCACAGGGCCGCCAGCCUACCACGAGUCCUUGGCUGGAGCCAGCCAGCCUCCAUAUAACCCGGCCUACAUGGAUCCCCCAAAGGCAAUUCCCUGAGCCUGCCCCCAGCCUCUUUGGCUGCCAUUUGAUUAUGUCGUGUGUGAGUGAGUGAUCCGCAGAGUUCUUUACUGCUGUCUGUGGUGUGUGUGCCUUGUCUAGACAUGUGGCUUCCUCUGCUGUUGACCAGGUAGGCACAAGUCUUACCAGUGCGGGUCAGGACCAGUUUUCUUCCUCACUUGAAAUUGUACUUUCUGAAAUUUCAAGCAAAUUAAGAACAAUAGGGUAGGAGGUAUUUCCCAUGUCACCCCAAGGUGACCAGCCAUGGCCUGUCACACUUAGGAGGGCAAGCUUUUUGCGGGUACAUGUCCUGCUUUGGGGAGUAACCAGCUAGCUGAUGCUAGGGUUUGGCUGCAUUUGGCAGUGGGCAUGUAGCUGGGCAGAGAACAAGGGGCCUCAGUGGCAGGGAGUCACACCAGGCAGAGCCCCAUACACUCUCCAUCAGCUAUCUGUCUGGGGCUGUGUAGAGGGCCACAUGUAUGAGGACCACAUGUGUUCACUAUUCAGGCUCCAGUGGGGAAGAUUUCCUUCCUGUGCUGGCCUGGCUCCUGCUCCCAGGCCAGGGACCUCGGUCUGUCCAGUACACACUCUGGCUUCUCCCUGCACUGUCUUUUUACUGUUAGCCAAACAUUUUGCCUGUUUUCUGUCUUCAGAUGUGUGAUAAUUGGUGUGAGGUUGAAAUCCCUGGUUCCUGGAGGACAAUCUGACCUCUGACAGUCAGUUUCCCUUGACACCAUCUUCAUAGAAAUACCUGACUCCUGUACCACAGUCCAGUUUGUCCCAGUAGCAGGGACACCAAGGCCAAUGGUAUCUGGACCAAAGGUGGGGUGGAGGGCCUAGAUGGUAUCUUUGGCCCAGAUGCGAAUACUUCUAUAUUCCCUGUUGGUUCCUGUUCCACUGGCUGUUUUAGCUUUGGGAUGAUUGGUGUUUCUGAGCAUUCAGACUCUGCACCCUCAUUUCUAAUAAAUGCAACAUUUGGACCCGC